UUUCUUCUCUCUCUCUCUCUACAAAAACAGUGCAGUGGGUGGUGGUCGGCCGGCGAGUCUGGCUGAGCUAGGUUGUCGAUUCAGCGGCGGCGGAUGCGGCGGCGGUGGGUGGUUGUUCAGGAAGAGGAAGAAGAAGAUUGAAAUUAAAGGGUGUGUUGUUAUGGGUUUUUGGCGUCAGAUUAUUUUUCCCGUACGGCGUGUUUGGCUCGCCGUCUAUGGCCGUCUUAAAGCUCGCAAAAAUGAUGAAGGACUUUUAAAACUUCAUGACGACGUAGAAACGUGUGGCUAUCAAGAUGUAAAGGUUAUGUGGGAAAUACUUAAGCAAUCAGAAGCUGAGUUGAUCAAUCAUCACCACCAACCGAAGCGUAAACACAAGCGAUUCUGGAAGGAUUUUUUGUGGUCUAAUCCUAACUCUGACUCAACUACUAGUACAACUGAAAUGAUGCCUUUUCCGACUUUUAGCCCCAUUUCGUAGGGUGAUAAGUCUAAGGCUCGUGUAAAUAGAAAUAAUAAUUGUUAAAAGGU